GUUAAAAUUGUCAUUUCGAUUUAGUCAUACAUCAACAGUGAGCGCCGCUAUUUUCACAGCACAGUUUGGCUGAGAUUAUUGUUCCUGUAUGUACAUGUGUAUAUAAGUGUAUGACUUGGCUUAAGUGCAAACGAUAGUUGCCGUUGCUGUUGCUGUUGGAUUCACUCACUUGACAUUUGAGUGUUAAAGAGUGAGAUCUGCAGAGACAAGGAAAUGGAAAAAGCACUCACAACUGUUAAUAGUUUAAAGGUUGGGAGCUUAUGGAUCUCUAAGAAAGCUAAGGAGGAGCUCUCUAAUAUCUCUCAAGACAUCAAUACUAUCUCAAGUACUGUUGAAGAGAAGGCAAAAUGGAUUUUUAACAAGCUGAAAGGAAAACCUACGAAAAGCCUGCCUGAUCUGCUUCGAGAGUACAACCUACCGCCAGGCCUCUUUCCCCAGAACAUAAUCUGUUAUGAAUUUGAUGAAACAAAGGCCAAGCUGAUUGUGUACUUGCCAUCUACAUGUGAAGUGAGCUUCAAAGACUCCACAGUUAUAAGGUAUGCAACACGACUGAAGGCAAAUCUAAUAAGGGGAAAGCUCACAGGUAUCGAAGGAAUGAAGACAAAGGUCCUUGUGUGGGUCAAGGUAACAAGUGUGGCAGUGGAGAACUAUAAGUCUGAUAAGGUGUGGUUCACGGCUGGAGUAAAGAAAUCUAAGGCCAAGGAUGCUUUUUUAAUGCCCCAGAAUGCUGUUAGAGUAGAAGAGUUUUGAGUUUAUAUUGAUUAUCAUUGUGUGAUGCCAAAUAAUCAGAUGGCCUAAAUCUUUUGUAAUCAUUAGAGAAUAAAAAACAUUGGGGGAUUUUGUUUAAAUCAAGAUUAGAGAAGUUGUAUUUCCUUGUUUCCUUC